AUGUCGGCGUCUCUCAGAGUGAUUCAACCCGCGGUCGGAGUUCUCCGUCCGGCCGGCUGCAGCUCGCUGCUGCGGGGGAGAGAGCCGAGGAGGGGUCCGGGGGUCGGGCGCUGGAUGUCGGACUCGCUCACAGGAGGAAACCUCAGACCACUAGAGGGCGUCAGAGUCCUGGACUUGACGAGGGUUCUGGCCGGUCCCUUCACCACCAUGAUCCUGGGAGACCUGGGAGCCGAGGUGAUCAAAGUGGAGAGACCAGGAGCCGGCGAUGACACUCGGGCCUGGGGUCCUCCCUUUGUGGGUUCAGAAAGUGCUUACUUCCUCAGUGUCAACCGGAACAAGAAGAGCAUCGCUGUGGACCUGAAGCAUCCCAGAGGAGCCGAGACCGUCCAGCAGCUGGCAGGAGUGUGUGACGUGCUGCUGGAGAACUACCUGCCGGGGAAGCUGCAGCAGAUGGGUUUGGGCUUCGAGCAGCUGAGCAGAGUGAACCCGCGGCUCAUCUACUGCCAUCUCGGCAAUCAUCUCUGUGUGUUUUCAGGCUAUGGACAGACUGGCCCUCAGUCUCAGAGUCCAGGCUACGACUCCAUCGUCUCGGCCGCGUCGGGAAUGAUGCACAUCACCGGGCCAGAGGACGGUGAGCCGGUGCGCCCGGGCGUUGCCAUGACGGACUUGGCGACGGGUCUGUACGCACACGGAGCCGUCAUGGCGGCACUGCUGCAGCGACACAAGACAGGAAGAGGAACGCACAUCGACUGCAACCUGCUGUCCUCUCAGGUUUCCUGCAUCAGCCACAUCGCUGCAAACUAUCUGAUUGCCGGGAAAGAGGCGAGACGCUGGGGGACGGCCCACGGAAGCAUCGUACCGUACCAGGCCUUCAGAACCAAAGACGGGUACAUCGUCAGGGGCGGAAACGAUAAGCAGUUUGUGAAAGCCUGCGAGGUUGUGGACCUUCUGGAGCUCACACAGGAACCAAAGUACAAAACCAACAAGUUGAGGGUGGAGAACCGCAAACAGCUGCUGCACACACUCUCACAAAGGCUCCUGCAGGAGACGACGGCUGAUUGGCUGAAGAGGUUCGAGGGCUCAGGCGUUCCUGUGGGACCAAUCAACAGCAUCCAGCAGGUGUUCAGUGACCCACAGGUCAAACACAACGGUCUUAUCCAGGAGAUGAACCAUCCGACAGCGGGACGCAUCGCUGUACCUGGUCCAGCCGUUCGGUUCAGCAGCUUCUCGCCUGCCGGGCCGACCCCCCCUCUGAUUGGUCAGCACACGGUGCAGGUGCUCCGGGACACCUUGGCCUACAGUGAGGAGACCAUCCAGGCCCUGCUGGAGUCGGGGGUGGUGGCCAGAACCGAGUGUCCUGAUUGGCUCAGAGGAGAGGAGGAUUCCAGCCUCGGCCGUGCUGAUCGAGGUCGAGCGAGCCGGGUGCAUCUGGACGGCGGGCGGAGUCGCGGAGGGACCUGCCGGCUGACGUGUUUGUUUGACUUCUGGGAGGUGAGGAAGGGAGGCGCAGGUAUGAUUCACUCGCUGGACUCGCCAUCCAAAAACAGGCAGAAAACAUCGUUCCUGGAUCUUUCCGAGAGGGAGCGUCGCCUCCCGCAGACGGGCCUGAUGGGAAAUGGAGCGAAUGCCUGA